UUAAAGACCAGUAUGGCGACGUCUGUGAUUGCGACGAGGGGCCUAAAACCCGCAGAAUUUACUGUUGGGGAACAUGUUUUAUGCUUCGAACCCGAUCCUACCAAAGCGAGGGUUCUUUAUGAUUCCAAGAUUUUAGAAUUGGAGUGGACCAAAGAGGAGAAUACUAAUCGCAGAGUUCCUGAAUAUCUCGUUCAUUUUAGUGGUUGGAACAGCAGCUGGGAUCGCUGGGCUCCUGCAAACUUCAUUUUACGAUACACAGACGAAAACCUGGAGCUAAAAGGCAAACUCCACCGGCAGGCGCUGGCCAAAAUGGGCAAAAAGAAGAAAAAGAAGACAAUAGCAGAACUUGUUGAACUGGCAAAGAGGAGGCAAGCUGGCAAAGGGUCUGAUUCUGAUAUGAGCAGUGUAGCAGCCGACAGUGAUGAUAGUGAUGGCAAUUCUUCGGGUGAGGAAUUAGAAGCCUUGGAGAUUCCAAUCCCACUCCCUGAUGCUCUAAAGAUCAAACUUGAAGAUGACUGUUACUUCAUUACGAGGAAGCAACAGCUUGUGAGAAUACCCUGCAAACAUACCAUACUUGAGAUCAUGGAAGGCUACGUCAGACAUUUUGCAAUCAACGUUCACACCCAUGAGAAGAAGUCUCAAGCAGUGAAUGUUAUCAGCACUGUGGCCAAGGAGGGUAUGGUCUUACCACCGCAACCAAAGUACAACGUGGAUCUGUGUAAAGAAGUCAUGGACGGACUCCGCACUCUGUUUGACUUCCUUCUGCCCACCAAUUUGCUUUACGGUCCUGAGAAAGAACAAUACAAGAAAUUAGUCAUAACAAGUUAUGUUCAGGACCAUGUCAAAGUACCGAGCAAAUCACCAGCAAAAAGAGGAAGACCAAGAAAGCACAGUAUUUCACCGAUCAAGGAACCAAUAAAGUCUGAACCAAUAAAGUCUGAACCAAUAAAGUCUGAACCAAUUAAGGCUGUCCCAUCUCCUGAAAGUGAUAAAGACAAAUCUCAAGAGAGUCCUUCUAGGAGAGUAACUCGGAGGCUAUCAACAAGUGAGCAUGUUGCCCUCGCAGCGCCUCUACCGCCCACCAAGAAGAGGCGCUGCUCUGAGCAAGAUCAUCAACAUAGAUCCAGAAGGCACUCUGCGGAUACGACCACAACUCAGAACAAGGACACUGCUAGUGGUCAUGCAUCGUUACCUAAACCAGCGGUGCGUCACUCAACAAGACUUGCCUCUGUAUCCAGCGUAGCCUCGUGUCCCUCUGCGGACAUCGUCUAUGAAGAGCCUCCUCAAGAGACUCCUCAAACCCAAUCGGAAACGCCCCAACCUCAAACCAAUCAGUCUACCUCAACUAACGGCAAAACGCCGCAUCAUAACGGGAAGAAUUCCAAAGGAAUCAUUUCUGGAGACAAUGUGUGUGAUAUUAAGCUCCCCUCGUGUAAACUGUUAGCGGACAAUGCCCAUUAUGAUGGGAGGAUGCCACCAUGUAAGAUAUAUGGAGCACAACAUUUGAUACGGCUAUUUGUUAAGCUUCCGGAACUUCUUGGCAAGAUGGAACUACCACCAAAGAAACUCAGACCGCUACUAAAACAUAUUGAACUGUUCCUCAAAUAUUUAGCACACCCAGAGAGACUUGAUGAAUUCUUCCCAGAAAGUAGUUACGUCAGCGCACACGCCGCAUUACAGAAACCCAAGGGUACAUGAUAUAAGGGACUUAGUCUCAGCAUAAGCCAUUUUGAGAUAAGGUGAACACAUUCAUAUGGCACUAUCAGGUUUGGGUGAAUUUGUCGGUGUACACCCAAACCAAACAGUAUACCCUAUAGACCGUAUUGAAUAUUACGUCACUACUCAAAUAUCUGCCCUACUAC